AAAGGUGCUUUACUCAGGGGCCUGUUCGCAGAACUAGGACCCUAUCCGUACUGGAAAGUCUGGCUAACAGAAUCAUGAGGCAUAGUGCCAUAAAGACGUGACUUUAUUGUCUUUUCUUAGGUCUAAUACGCCAUCGCCGUCUUUCUACUGCGAGGACGAACAAUCUAAAGGGAGUCGAAUUUUGGAGGUACAGCUUCCGAAAUAAUCGAAAAUGGCCGCCGUUUCCGCCGCCGCCGCCGCACAGCAAGACCCCAAUCAAUGGAAGAAGAACCUUUCGGCCCAUGUCGUAUGUCCUGAGUGCAAGGAAAUGCCGCCCAACUUGGAGUUUCCUGACUCUCACGAGACGGUUUGCGGUUCCUGCGGACUGGUGCUCUCGGAUCGAGAGGUUGACAUGCACUCCGAAUGGCGUACAUUCUCCAAUGAUGAUCAGAACAACGACGACCCUUCUCGUGUCGGAGACGCCACGAAUCCGUUGUUGAAUGGGGACCAGCUGGAAACACAAAUCGCAAGCGGAGGUUCUGGCAAAAUCCGCGAUUUGUAUCGGGCUCAGAACAAACAGUCGAGCGAGAAGGCGAACAAGGCCCUUCUCGCAGCGUACAAGGAGAUUGGUGCGCUAUGCGAUGGUUUCAACAUUCAAAAAAAUGUAGCCGAUACGGCCAAAUACCUGUUCAAGGUCGUUGAUGAUGCCAAGGCCUUCAAGGGCAAAUCGCAGGAUGUAAUUAUUGCUGGAUGCAUUUUCAUUGCCUGCCGCCAAUGCAAGGUUCCUCGUACCUUCACAGAGAUCUUCGCGGUUACAAAAGUAACGAGGAAAGAGAUUGGACGUAUCUACAAGGCUCUGGAGAAGUUCUUCACGAAUCAGAACCUCGAACGGAUCAACACUGUCGUGUCGAACGGUGGUGUUCCAGACCCCAACGAUACCUACACUGCUACUACCUCUACCAAACCCAGUGAUCUCUGCAACCGUUUCUGUAACUUGCUCGAUCUUCCGUUCCAGGUCACGAGUGUGUCCUCUUCGCUCUCCGACCGCGUCACGACCAUGGGUGAUUUGGCCGGCCGAUCUCCUCUGUCUAUCGUGGCGGCGUGCAUCUACAUGGCUUCCUACCUGAUGGGACAUGGCAAGUCUGCCAAGGAAAUCUCCCAGGUGGCACACGUUAGUGAUGGAACAAUCCGCGGUGCCUAUAAGCAGCUCUACGCUGAGAGAGAGCGUCUCGUUGAUCCCGAUUGGGUCAAGGAGGGCAAGGGUGAUUUGAAGAACCUUCCUGCCAGCUGAGGCGUGAUAUUUUCCCUCUCCCUCCCUCUCGCAGAAUGCCUGCUCGCGUGCGUGCGUUUCUACGUUUUGUCGUCAGGCGGUUUUUUGAACCGCCUUAUAAAAACAAUGAAAAAAUAACAUCAUGAAAUUGUCGCUGGAGUACCAUCAUGCCGUCGCAGCGUCAACCCCCGUCCAUGGAAAACCCCUACGACUUUGGCUUUUCCUCCCUUUGCAUAAAAUCUGCUAAGUGACCCAACAGUUUUCUCGCAUCUGCACAGCGCCAUCUAAAUUGAUUGAUAUUCCGAUACUAUAUUUAUUACCCAUCACACCCAUUUUCUAGCUAACUGAACACGAGUCGCUAAGUCCAUUGUUUCGCAUAAAAAAGAAAAACCAGAAAGAAGACAAAAAAAAAAAAAAAAAAAAACG